UUCAGUCCCAUACUCCCCAUCCAGGUAUUUAAAUCCAGACCAACUUCUAAAACCCAAACAGGCAUGGUUUCGGAGUUCGGACACUGUAUCCCAUAUAAAUAAGAGGCCUCUAUAAACAAAAUUCAUCCUCCACUUCUCUGUCUGACUGAGGUUAUUAUUUUUCUUUUUAUUUAUUUUUUCAAAGGAAAAAGCUGUAAUUAGGGUUUUGCAAUGUUGACGACAAGUCUUAUACCACAAAAACAAGAGGAUAAUCAAGAGCAGAGCUACUACUUGGAUCUACAUGGUCACGACACUACUCUAUUGAGAAAAAGAUUUCUCGUCAUUGUUGUUGCCCUAGUAGCUUGUAUUGGGGCUUCAAUUUGUGGCUAUUACACAGCAAUAAUUUACGCAUCUUUCUAUGCUGGAGAAGAGGCUCGAAGACCUCCUUGGAAAUAUUUACGAGAAAUAGACGUGACUGAUAUGUUAUGUAUUCAUGCGGCAGCUUUCACAUUAGGAGCACUUACGCUUGAUAAGCUUAAUGACUCCGGGGGGAGGUUGGUGCCGAUUGCAUCAGUUGAUUUUAUUGCCUUUACCUUCAUCCCUAUUGGAUGGUGUAUCGGUCAGGAUCCAUUUGUCAACUUCUGGGGAUUAGUAUUUAUAGGGUGGGCAGUUGGAAUGGUCAUCCCGAAUUUAAUAACUUAUGUUUCCGAAAUUUCUCCACCUUCCAUGAGAGGUGCCCUAGUUAGCACAAUUUUCCUGCAGUUUGCUGGAGGGAAAAUGCUAUAUCAUCUUAUCAAUUUAACAUCCUCCACAAAGGAUGUCGAAACAUCGCCUUGGAAGCUUGGAAUAGUUGCAGCUGUGAUUCAUUUUAUUGUGUGUGCCAUGAUGGUGCUUCCGGAGUCCCCCAGAUGGCUUUAUAGAAAGGGCCAGAAAGCAAAAGCUGUGGAAACACUGCAUAUGAUAAGAUCUGCUCGUGAAGUUUCCGGAGAGGUGGAGGCAAUGGAGUCAUCAAUGGAAGCAGAAAUAGCCAAAGAAGGUUGCAUAGAGGAUUAUGAUGAUUGGUGUGAUAAAGCAUUUCCCAUCAGUAUUUAUUUCAAAAGAUUCGACAUAAGAGGUAGGAUAUCAUAUAAAAGGAUUUUUGCGGGCAUUGGUUGUCUAGUGGCUCAACAGUUUGUGGGUAUGAACAUGAUCAUGCACCUUAGCUACACGGUAUUUAAUCUCAUUGGCCCUGGAUAUAUUACUAAAAAUGAUGAAGAGAUGGCAAAAGUGGGAGCAUUGGCAAUUCCUCUCAUCACAUCUGCUCUUUCAGUUGUCGGCAUAAUUUUCUGUACUACUUUAGUAGAUCGUUGCGGGAGGAGACGGCUUCUUUUAGUUAGUAUGUUUGGGAUUCUAACUUCACUUGGGUUGCUAUCAUACGUUUUUCGUGUUAAUGGCCAGAGUCUUGGUAUAGAUGAUCGGAUUUGGUAUGACAACGAAGGAAUUUCCCCUCUUGGCUUAUUAGCAUUGGUGGCACUAGCGAUGUACAUGAUAUUCUACUCAUUAGGCAUAGGAACUGUACCAUGGAUCAUAACUUCAGAGAUAUAUCCGAUGAAGUAUCGAGCUGUUUGUGCUGUCAUUGGCGCAAUGGCUUACUGGGGCUCCAAAUUACUAAUUCACCACCUUUUUCUGGACGUCGUGGGCUACUUUAUUGGCAUCACAGGUACGCUUCUUCUGUUGCAGUUGUUCUCAUGGCUUGUUGGUUUGUUCAUUUACUUGUAUGUUCCUGAAACCAUGGGGUUUCCGUUGGAAGAUGUUGAGAAGCUCUUGUUACAACAAGAAAAAGACAUCUAAGAUAUGCGGCAGUUAUGAUGAUAGUUACCAUGGUGAUGCGCAGUGUGUGGAAGCAGACAACCUACUGUGAAGGGCAUAUCGGAACAGGUAGACUAGGUUAGGUAGAGAGUGAAUAAGUGUGUGAAUAGACUUUGUUCUGUAUAUCUAAUUUAUAAGAAGAAGUAGUAGAAGAAGAAGAACACUCAUUCUUGUAAAUAUUAUGAAUUGAUAUGUGCUGACAUUUCCGAAAA